AUGGUUGUACAAUGCAGGUGCAGUUGUUUAUGUAGUAAUAUGUACAUUUACAAGUAUUUUUAAGGGAUACACAUGAAUAGUACAAAGAAUUCAUCUUACGACAGCUACAAUGAUAGACUUGGAGAAAUUCUCAAUAGAAGCAUUACUUCGAAAAUGAGAGAUUCUAGUAUUGACGAAACUUUAGCGGGGUUUGGCAAAUUAAGAAUAUCAGCCCUUACUAAAGCCGUUGAAUUAAGUCCUUUAGUAAAAGAAGCAACCAUAGGACCUAACAGUCCUGCAAAGAAAGAAUUAAUUUAUGAAGAAAAACAAAUCCCCGCCAAAAUUGAACCGUUGCCAGAGGACCUUGUUGAAGAUAAGCUCCGAGGGGAUCUCGGUUAUAAUCUCAUAAUGAAAGAAUGUGAAGCACAGUUGCAUCAAUUAUCAGUGGAAUUUUUCCGAAAAUCCUUUGAACAGAUGAUUUGUAAAAGGGCGGAAAUAAUGAACAAAUGCUUUCAGAAGUAUAGCGAACAACGUGAGCGCAGAGACAUGAAAUACCAUAAACGGAAACUACAGCUACAGAAGGAUUUUCACGAAAAUGACAAUUUAAAUGUAUUAAAAAUAGCCAAAUUAGAUGAACAGAACAACAGUGCAAUGAUCAACAGGCAGACAAUUGACAAUAUGAAUAGAAUCUUAGAAGAACAAAACAAAGCCACAGCUCGAUUUGCGGCAAUAACUGACAGUCAUACUAAAAUAUGCAUCUGUUAUAAUGAAAUCACAAACGUAAUAGCUUCGGAGCCUCUGUCCCAACAGGUUUGUGACAAAUACAUACCGACUAUCAAAACAGUCAUUUCUAAUAUUAGUGCUAUCAUGGAACUUUGUAAAAAUGCAUCUGUUACCGACAAAGAGGUAAAACAAGCAGAAAUAUUAUCUUUGAACUUAGAAAAUGUACUAAAAAAGAUUUUAAAUGAAAUUAAUGAAAUUAAAGAAAAGGAAAGGAUUUUGAAAGAUAAUGAAAGGGAAUUAUUAAAAUUGAAAGAAAUAGAAGAAAAGAAAGCUAGAGAGUUGGCUGAAAAGGAAGCGCAAGAAACAAAGAUUCCUGAGGUGACAAAAACUGUUAAAAUAGUUCGUCCUGAUAAAACAAAGGUCAAACCCAUGUUCUACUCCAGUAAAAACUACAACUAUUUUAAAGAGUUAAGCAACUUUAUGAUAAGUUAUGAAGCACAAUACAGUGAUUUAUUAGAGAAUGUAAACAUGAAAAAGUUUAGAUUUGACUGCCAAAAAGCUGUGAACACUCCAGUGAAUGCAUUGUCUUCAGUUAGUAGUACACACAUGAAGGACAAAUAUGAAAAGCUGUACAAACUACUCAAAGGAGAGAGUGUACAAGUGUUAGACAUAUAUUUUACUGUAACUCAGCAUCCACAUGGAGUGGCAUACUGUACAGCACUCUUAGCCAAGAAAAUAGUGAGGCAAGGGGAGUUAUUGGUUUCAAGUCAUCCUGAAGCUGCAUUCCCAUUAGCAGCUGUAGUUAUAGCACUUUGGGCUUCUUUCCCAGAUUUUGGAAAAUUAUUGCUAGCCAAUUUUCACAAGCAGUGCCCUUAUUUAGUUCCCAUGCUUAUGCCCCAAAAAGAAGGUCAAACAGAUAAGGAAUUCUACUUGUCUAGAGGGUAUACAUAUAAUGAUGAAGGUGUAGUUGAAAAACAAGAUAAAUUCUUGAAAAGAAUGUCAGGUAUCUUUAGACUCAUCUGUGCUAUUUGGAUAAUGAGCACCCCCAAAUUUAUAAACAUACCUAACCCCCAUGGAUUACAAUAUGGAUGGCAGUGGCUUGCAUCUUUCAUCAACUUGAAACCAGAACCUGAUAUAUCUGCCACUCUUCUUUAUGAUUUCUUUACAGUGUGUGGGUCUAAAUUUCUCUUACAUUAUAAGAUACAGUUUAUUAAGUUAAUAAAAUUAAUUAGCACAGAUUAUUUGGAAGUUUUACAAAACAUUGAUGAAGGAGGGCCAAAAACGAGACUGGAAGUACUCUUACAAAACAUACUGAAGACCGGACACAUUGAUCCUCCCAGUGGUUUGUUACAAUCAGAUAUAUGGUGAACAUCUCUCAAUUAUUUGUAAAUUUAUCCAAUCCAAUUAUGAAAUAUUGACAAUAAUAUCAAUGAUAGUGCAUGUUUAAAAGUGUUAUUAUGUCGAACGAGUAAAAUAAAGUGAAUUGAUUUGAAUGUAUUUCAUUAAUUAUUUAAGCUGUGUACUCAUUGUGAACAAUCAUAAACUUAAAUUUGACUGUAAAUCAUAAUAAUAAAAUU